AUGGAGACCUCAACAAGCGCUGGCGCUGCUGCUUCACUAUUCGCUGUGAUUGCGGCCGAGCACGAGUCUGUGGUCUGUGCUGAAGGAUGGUAUUUCAAUGGAUUUGACGAAUAUGUUGCAGCGGAUGGCGGAGGACAUGGAGUUCUCGGAGUAUCUCAAUGUUGCUGCUUGCAGGAGAGAUCCGUAACGACGGAUAGCAUCUGUGGCCGCAUUUGCGAUGUCAAAUUAUUCUUCGACCAUUGCCCGUAUGUACAGCUAAACCGUUUAAUUUUAAUCGUAUGCUCAUGCUCAACCCAUCCAGAGCUAAACACUCUCAAUACGUUAAGACUUGAGAAGGAGUAUCGCUACGUUUCUGAACAAGUCAACUAUCAUCCCUCAAGUAUCUCAAGGCAAGGCCGCCGAGCACUUCCCAUGAAAGAUACUACCGACGUCUUCUGGUUCAUCUCGGGCUCUCCCACUAUCGAUCACUACGGGUUACGAACCACCGCACUGGUGACAGUCUAA